AUGCUCGUGGCCCGAUCGCGACUGCCUCGCUACCGCGUUUCCGCACUAGCUACGGCAGCCACACUUGAGUGCGCGAACGACUGCAGAAACGGGAGCUUCCAACCCCUUCCCGCCUCCUCGUCUUCCUUCUCGCCACCCCAAUUCGCGUUCCCGCCUCCUCGUUUCCCCUUUCCGCUCCCCAGUACCCCUUCCGGUCACCCCGUUUCCCCUUCCCGCCACCGCAAUUCCCAUUCCCCCUCUCCGUUUCCCCUUCCCGCCUCUCCGUUUCCCCUUCCCGCUCCCCGUUUCCCCUUCCCACCACCCCGUUUCCCCAUUCCGCUCCCCGUUACCCCUCCCCGCCUCCUGAUUUCCCCUUCCCGCCUCCCCGUUUCCCCUUCCCGCCUCCCCAAUUCCCCUUUCCGCCACUCCUUUUCCCCUUCCCGUCUCCCCAUUACCCCUUCCCGCCUCCCCGUUUCCCAUUCCCGCUCCCCAUUACCCCUUCCCGCCUUCUUGUUAACCCUUCCUGCCUCCCCAAUUCCCGUUCCCGCCUCCCGUUCCCCCUUCCCGCUCCCGGUUUCCCCUUCCUGCCUCCCCGUUUACCCGUUCCAUUCCCGUUUCCCCGUCCCGCCUUCCCGUUUCCCCGUCCUGCUCCCCGUUUCCCCUUCCCGCUCCCCGUUUCCCCUUCCCACCUCCCCGUUUCCCCCCUCCCGCCUCCCCAAUUCCCCUUUCCGCCAACCCGUUUCCCCUUCCCGUCUGCCCAUUACCCCUUCCUGCCUCCCCGAUUUUCUUUCCCGCUCCCCAUUUCCCCUUCCCGCCUCCCUGUUUCCCCUUCCCGCUCCCCAUUUCCCCUUCCCACCACCCCGUUUCCCCAUCCCGCUCCCCGUUACCCCUCCCCGCCUCCUCAUUUCGCCUUCCGCCCCACCGUUUCCCCUUCCCGCCUCCCCAAUUCCCCUUUCCGCCACCCCGUUUCCCCUUCCCGUCUCCCCAUUACCCCUUCCCGCCUCCCCGUUUCCCUUUCCCGCCUCCCCAAUUCCCCUGUAA